AUGUAUGAGCGUCUUCUUGCCAGUGACGUCAUCCCAUGGAUCCUGAAGAGGAGGAGGUCUAGGGAGUGGUCCCAUCCCAAUCUGGAGGCCCUGAAGACGCAUAUCGUGAAGACGUGGGAGACGAAGGACCCCGCCAAUGUCAUCAAGAGAUGCAAGUCUUUCUGCCUCCGUGUGGAGAAGGUCAUCGCCUCGAUCGCCUCUGAGGGAGUGAUCGAAACCAAAGUGCAGCAGCGGCUGCCGCUGUUCUACCUGGCCAACGAUGUCAUCCAGUACAGCAAGAGGAAGAACCUGGAGUUCGUGCCGUCCUUCCAGACGGUGCUGGAGGGCGCCAUGCCGCUGGUCAGGGACGAGAAGCUGCGUCCGGCCAUCACGCGCAUCCUGAACAUCUGGGACGAGCGCGGCAUAUUCGAGCCGGCAUUCACGUCCACGCUGCGCAACGUGGUCAGCAACGUCACCAAGGCGGACACCAAGGAGAACGCCCAGAUCCUCUCCGACUUCAGGGGUAAGAACGCCCAGAUCCUCCACGACUUCAGGACGAGCGAUCUCAUCAACCACGUGCGGCAAGUGGAGACAAGCGAGAAGGAGACAGAUCAGCUGCUCAAGGCCAUCAACGAUGGCGAGUUCCACGUCUCCGACACGGCGCUCGACGAGCUGCGCAACAACAUCAAAUCCCGCUCGCAGUCGAAGCUGUUCGUCAGUGAGCUGGAGGAGGGUGUGCGCGCCGUGGAGCGGUACGUGUCAGCGCUGGACCGAGAGAUCCAGCAGCGCGCCGAGCUCAUCGAGCAGCUGGAGCGCAGCGAAAUCUUCUACGAGACGCAGCGCACCGACGCCAAAGUGGUGGCCGUGGCGUACAAGAACUUCAGUAAGCGUGUUCGCGAUGUGCGCCGUAAGCUGGAGGAGCUGGUGCCCGAGCUGCCGGAUGUGUCGCCCGUGCCGUCGCCGGACGUGAACGCGCCGUCUCCGACCAACUCGGACGACGGGCUGCAGCUGCCCGAUGACGGUAUGGGUGCCGGAGACCGACCAGGACCGACCCGGCUACCGACCGUCGUGGCCGAGGACGGCGCCGAGUUCCCAGCGGCCAGCUCCGGCUCGUUUCUCGGUAUGGGCUCCUCGUUCCCGGCGAAUCUGGCGGCCGAGCUGCUGGGCCGCUCGGCCGACACGCCGCCGCCUGUGCCGCCGCCGCCCCCUCCGCAGCUCUCCGAGCAGUCAGCCAUCGCCGUGGUGACGGGCGUGCAGCAGGGCGGCACCGUCUCCUCCCAGAACACCCCGCUGGCCGACGACAACGACUUCGAUGAGGACACGUACGAGUCGGGCGCCAGCGGCGGCGGCGGCGCUGCCAGCCAGCCGCUCUCAGACCUGAUGCGGCUCAUCGGCCGCCAGCCGCCGCCGCCGGUGGGCGCCGAACUGUGGCCGAACCGGCCGCCGCCGGCUCUGCACGCCGACCACCCAUGGCAGGAGGACGCAGUGGACGCGCCCUGCUCGCCGCCGCCCUUUGAGAAAGGUAACAGCGCCUAUAAUUCGCAGAUUGACCUGCCCCCCGCGUUUAAGGCGGUGGACGAGGCUCGUCUGCCGUUCUCGACGGACACGGACCACCGGGUGCUGCCGACUGUGCCGCCGCCGGCGCCGGCGCCGGUGCCACCGCCCGCCGACCUGGACCUCCGCCAGCCGCCGCCGGUCCCCGUCCCGGCGCCCGUCACCGCGCCACCCACUGCCACUGCCAGCACCAGCUCCGACCACGGCGCCUGGGACAAGAGCGUCGACGACUUCAUCUCGCAGGUGACGGAGGACCGCGACUACCGGCGCCGCGCCGACGCCGACUACCGGCCGCCGCCGACCGACCUGCCCGCCGGCGACGACCACGACUCGCACGACAUGGACAUCUCGGACGGGGAGCGUGAGGGCGCCGCCGGCCGGCGCGCCUCGGGCGGGGGUACACCGGGCCGCGCCGCCAGACGCCACUCGAGCGGCACACCGGGCCGCGGUGAGCGCGCCCGGCCGGCGGCUGACUCUCCGCCGCCGGCCUCCGUGUCGCCGCUGCCCAGCGGGGACGAGGGCAGCCGGCGCGAGCCCGAGCUGGUCGACCUGGAGGACGAGCUGCCGGAGGUGACUGCUGGCCUCACCGAGUCGCUGGAGGCCGUGGACGACCCGAGCGUCUCCAGCUGGUCGUCGAGCGCCGACUCGCCAGAGCCGGCCGGCGGCAGCAGCGGGCACCGCUCCCGACACCGCAGCGGCGAGAAACGCAAAAAGCGCCACCGCCGGGACAGCGGCGGACGCCGGCGAAAGAAGGAGCGUCGCACGUCGCGCUCGCAGCGCCGCGAGCGGCGCUCUUCGG